UUUCAACAGUCUUCUAUCGGGUCAUUGUUACGGAUUGAAGAUGUCGCAAGUACAGCAAUUCUAUGCUGGACAAAACGUUUUCAUUACCGGGGGAACCGGGUUCUUGGGCAAGGUAUUGAUAGAAAAAUUGCUCCGAAGCUGUAGAGAUAUCGGGCUCAUCUAUAUCCUAAUUCGCCCGAAAAAGGGUAAAGAUGUUCAGGAACGCGUUGAUGCGCUACUCGGUGAUACGGUAUUUGAUGUGUUACGAAACGACUAUCCAGAAUUUUCCAAGAAGAUCGUCGGAGUCGCAGGUGAUACCGCCCAGAACCAACUCGGACUUUCGGCAACAGACCACGCACGCCUCGUCGAAGAGGUUGGGGUGAUCUUUCACCUAGCCGCCACCGUGCGUUUCACAGACACACUCGAGACGGCUGUUGCAAUUAACGUGAACAGUGUUAAAUACGUCAUAGACAUUGCAAGGGCGUGCAAGAACUUCAAGGUUGGGAUUCACGUGUCUACCGCCUUUAGCCACUGCGUCCGGAAGUUCAUUGAUGAAGAGCUUUACCCUCCACCUAUGACCCAUGAAGAUGUCAACAUGCUAGUGGAAAAGUCCAGGAGAAUCGAGGGGUCGGAGGACGUAAUGGAGUACGUCUCUAAACCCGUCACCGGAGAAUGGCCGAACACAUAUUCCUUCACCAAAGCUAUCGCUGAGAGCGUCGUCGCUGAGUACGCCACUGACUUACCGUUUGCUAUCUUCAGGCCGUCAAUUGUAACGAGUUCCUACAAAAGCCCCCUUCCAGGAUGGCUUGCAAGUCCGAUAGGAAUUCCGGGCAUUUUUUGUGCUUUUGGAUUGGGCAUCAUUCACGUUGCUCUGCUCGAUCUUAAGGUCAGGCUUGACAUCGUGCCGGUUGAUUAUGUUUGUAACGCACUUAUUACUUCAGCUUGGAAGACCGCAAAAACAGAAAAAAGAAACUGCAAGGACGUUCCAGUGUACAAUUACGUUUCUGGAAAUGAAAAUCCUAUAACUUGGCGAAAUUUCAAUGAUAAAGCCACAGAUGCCAGAUUGACGCAUCCAUCCGACAAAGCCAUUUACUAUCCCUACGGAUUCACCACACCAUCAAAACUUCUGUACAGCAUCCUUCAUAUUUUUCUUCAUUUGCUCCCGGCACUGAUAAUUGACUUUAUUCUAAGAUUGAAGGGAAAACAGCCGCGAAUUUACAAACUCGUCAAUCAAAUUUAUGAGGCGUUUAACGUAUUGGAGUAUUUCACCACGCAACAGUGGGAUUUCGACAAUCAGAACGUUCAGGAACUCUGGAAGCAGCUUGGGCCCGAAGACAAGAGAACAUUUCCAUUCAGUAUGCAAGCCGUUGAUUGGGAUGAGUAUUUUAUAGGCAUGGUCAAAGGCCUUCGCAAGUACAUCUUAAAUGAACCCGAUGGAAACGAGGAGAGAGCGAAACGGCGACAUAUUUAUCUUUAUAUCAUCCAUCUGGCCGUGAAUCUGAUAUCUGCCAGCUUCGUUCUGUGGGUGAUCUGGAGAUCCUUCCGUGGAAUCCUAUGAAUGUUUGGGCUAUCCACGGCUGCUCCUUGUUAGUUUUAAACGUGCAAAACGGUUCUUUAUUUUGGCUCCACUGUCAUUUAAUCGACGAUGAGCUAUAAUAGUUAUCAUGACUAUCGUUUAUUUAAUAGAGAAUAAACACAACUUGCAGGUUUCAA